AUGGGGAAGAAGAAAUUCAUCGACAAAAAAGCCUCUACGACUUUCCAACUCAUGGCUCGUGACUCAACCGACCCAGCAUUCGCUCAAUCCGACCGUGUUUUCGUUCGCGUCGACAACAAUCCUCGUUCCGCCGACUCUGUCUUUGCCGAUUCUCCCGAUGACCCUGACGCAGAGUUUGACACCGACGACGGAUUUGCUCAAGGUAGCGGUCCUUUGCCGGACGAUGUCAGGAAGGAGAUUCUGGAAUUAGGGUUUCCGGAUGAUGGAUAUAACUACUUGUUUCAUUUGAGGGAAAUUAAGAAUACUGGCGGCGGUUCAAAUUUCUUCAGUAACCCUAAGUUCAAACUUGAACACGUUAGUGAUGUUAAGGCUUAUGAUGCUUCGAGAGUUCGAAUUAAAGAGGCGGCAGAGAAAGAGCCCGAAGAGAACACUUUGUACAGUGUUGCAUCCCAUACUGCUAAUGUAAGGGUUCAAAAAGCUGUUGAUCCUGAAGUUGCUGCACUGCUCGAUGACAGUGAUGUAUCACGGUUUGGCUCUGAUGUUGAAGAUUUGGAGGAAGACUUUGUUGUCCAGGCUAACCUCUGUGAAGAUGAAGAAGGUAACGAAGAGAAGACACACACGUCUAAUGAAAAGAAACAUGUAUUGCAAGUUUCUGCUUAUUCCACUCUUCCCGGUGACUGUGGACCUUUGGAUGGGAGUUUAAAUGGUGCAACAGAUGUGCACUGUGUUGUUGAGAAGCCAAGAGGCCGUCGUCUGUUAGAUGAACAAUUCGAUUUGUUUGAACGUCAAGAAUAUGGAACUGAUGAUAACAGUGACUACGAUGAUUAUUAUGGUGAUUAUGAAGAAAAUUAUCGAGCUGAAGACGAGUCACUUGCUGAGAAGCUCAAACUCUCGCUUGGCAACCAUGUGAUGGAUAACCAAGAACUUGAUGCUGGUGGCAAGUACAGGGUUCCUGCAGAAGGUGAGGAGGAAGAGGAUUCUGCUGCCGAUGUGAUUCGCCGUACCAAAGAAUAUGGUGAGCAGUAUGAAGUUGAGGAUGAUAGCAAAGAUGCUGUGAUUUUUGAAGAAAGUAGCGAUGAGUCAGAAGUUUGGGAUUGUGAGACUAUUGUUUCAACAUACACAAAUUUAGAUAACCACCCUGGAAAGAUUGAAACACCGGGGGCAACUAGGAAAAAGAAAUUGGCUGAAACUGUGACUGCUGCCUUUAGUUCCUCUAGUCCAAUAAUUUCCCUAAGAGGAAAAGCAAAGCUUCCUUUAGACUUCUUACCCGGUGGUAGAAAACCUGCUGCUGAAAAGGUUAAAGACUCGACGAUUGAAAAAACUGAACGGUACAAGAGAAAACAACAUGGCCUAGAGUCAAAGGAGGAGAAGAAAGAGAGAAAGGCUGCUGUGAAGGAGGAACGACGUGAGGCACGUCGCACUAAAAAAGAAAUGAAAGAGCUUUAUAAGUGUGAAGCUAACAGGGCACAACGAGCUGCAGCUGUAUCUGGUCCCUCUUCCAUUCAUCUAUUGUAA